UAUCUAAUUCUAUUUAAAAUAAAUUAAUAUUUAUUCAAGUUUUAAUUUAUAUUAUAUCUUAUAGUUGAUAAUACUUCAUUUAUGAUUUUGAAAUUAUUUUUAAUUUGUUAAUUAAAUUUAAUGUCUAAAAUGUCUAAACUAGGAAUGUGCAAAUAAAUAUAUAUUAUUGUGCCAAAAUUUAGGCAUUUUAAGAAAGGUACAAUAUUUAUCUUUUGUUUAAAUUAUUCAUUACAAUGUCAUCAAAAACAGAGGUUACAUUAGAACAUUUUUAUAUAUUUAAUGGUACAUAUGCAAAAAAAGAAGGAGAGGAAGAAAAAAAAAUACUUUAUUAUUAUCCAGAAAGAGACUUAGAUAUUCAAAUUAAAAAUAUAGGUCUCAGUGAAGCAAUUAUUAAAUUUGCACAAUCGUUUAAUCCUGGACAACCAUGUGAUUAUUGUCAUACACAUAAAACUCGUCAAAUUUAUUAUCAACCAGAACCAAAUUUUUGGAUGGUAAUGAUUGUCGGUGUACCAUAUAUAUGGAAAGAAAAAGAUGGUAAUAAAUAUACAGAAUAUCAGUAUGAUGAAGUUUCUAGCAGUGUUUGUCAAGCUAUAUUAAAGCAAGCAUAUGUUAUGUUUAGAUUAUUUAUGGGAUCAUUUGAUACUAUUAUUAAUGAACCUGAAUGUGGUUCUAUAACAUUAUUAAAACAUAAACUUGAACAUUUUUAUUCAAGGUAUUUAAUGUCUUUAAAGUUAAAUAACAGUGAUAUUUUAGAUGUUUUCCAAGGUUUACAAUUUUUGCCUCUUGAUAAAAUAACAUUUUUACGAGUUCAAUGUUUUAUGAAUCUUGUAGAAGCUAUGUUUUCUCAAGUAAAAUACACUGCAUUUCUUUAUAAUGAUCAAGUUGUAUGGAGUGGCUUAGAACCAGAAGAUAUGCAAGUAGUUUAUAAUUAUUUAGUAAGUACACUUUUACCAGCUCAUCUUGAGAAAGAACUUCAUGAGGGUUCAUUGCCCAGAAAUUCACCUUCACCAUUUACUACUAUUCAUUAUGGAAAAUUUGUCACUGGACCAUCUAGUAUUAAUGAACCAAGUUUAAUUGGAAAGUCUCCUAAAGUAUUUAUUAAUUAUUCUACAAAACCAGUUUCAUUAUAUUUGGUUGUUUAUAGAGCAUUAAGUGCUACAAUAUGCCUGUUUGUUGAUAGUAAAACAAGUUUGUUAAUAGAUUUUUUUAAAAGUCUUGAUAAUUUUCUUGGUCCACAAUUGACUACACUCGUUAGUUCUGUUGCAGAACAAUGUGCUAAACACGUAAUAGUUUCUUCAGAAUCUUGCAAAUAUUUAUAUUUUAAUAAACUUAAUUUAGCUUAUAAGAGUACAAUACAUCCAGAUAAUAGGCGAUGUUCUAAUGUACUUACAACAUCUGAAGUAUUGAGAGUUAUUACUGAUAUAUAUAAUGAUACAAAUAAAUUAAAAGAAGCUGGAGAAAUUAUCAUAAAAACUAUGAGUGAUUAUUGGGUUGUUGGAAAGUUAUCGAAUUUAAGAGAAUUUUUUGUAGUUAUUCAACAAAAAAGUGCAAGUAUAAUGGAAAUAGAAGAUGACGUUAAAAAACUUUGUGAAAAAGAAUUAAAAAGUAUAUUUUUCCAUUAAUAAAAAAA